AUGGAUGAAGAUCAUGGGCCUCAAUCCAUUGCCCCCGCACAUUCGCCGCAUCGCCGCCGCACCCUGAGUUCCCGGCUCCGCGCCGUGAAGCGAGCCUUUACCACCAAAAAGGGCCUCGUUGGCGACUACGACUAUGCCUUUCUCUUCCGCCCCAAUCUGCCAUUCAUGCGGCGCUCCGCCUCGAGCAGUCCCUUUUUCGGCCUCAACGACCGCGUGCCCGUGCUGCUGAGCCUGCUCCUCGGUCUGCAGCACGCGCUGGCUAUGCUCGCGGGCAUCAUCACGCCGCCGCUGCUGCUCAGCGGCACGUCGGGGGCCAAUCUCGAGGUGCACCAGCAGCAAUACCUCGUCUCCACGGCGCUCAUCAUCUCCGGCGUCCUGUCGACGAUUCAAAUCACCCGGUUUCGUCUGUUUAAAUCUUCCUACUACGUUGGCACUGGUGUCAUCUCCGUCGUCGGCAUCUCAUUCAACCUCAUCCCCGUCGCCCUCGGCGGCUUCCAGCAAAUGUACGCCAACGGCUACUGCCCGUCCACGCCCGACGGCGCGCCGCUGCCCUGCCCGCGCGGCUACGGCGCGCUCAUCGGCACGUCGGCGCUGUGCGCGCUCAUCGAGAUCCUCAUCUCCUUCAUCCCCGCGCGCGUCCUCUUGCGCAUGUGCCCGCCCAUCGUCACCGGCCCCACCGUCAUGCUCAUCGGCGUGCACCUCAUCGAGAGCGGCUUCAAGGACUGGAUGGGCGGCUCCGGCCCUUGCUCCGACCCGGCCACUGCCGUCGGCCUCUUCGCCACCUGCCCGAGCACCGCCGCGCCGCACCCGCUGCCCUGGGGGUCGGCCGAGUUUUUCGGCCUCGGCUUCUCCGUCUUCAUCACCAUUAUGCUCUGCGAGCGCUUCGGCUCGCCGAUUAUGAAGUCAACGUCCAUUGUCAUUGGCCUGCUCGUCGGCUGCAUCAUUGCCGCGGCCUGCGGCUACUUUGACCGCUCGGGCAUCGACGUGGCGCCCGUCGCCUCCUUUGUCUGGAUGCACACGUUCCCGCUGUCGCUCUACGGGCCGCUCGUGCUGCCGAUCCUCGCCGUGUACGUUAUUUGCGCGUGCGAGGCCAUUGGCGACAUCACGGCCACCUGCGACGUGUCCAAGCUCGAGGUCGACGGCCCCGUCUACGAGUCGCGCAUCCAGGGCGGUGUCCUGGCCGACGGCUGCAACGGCCUGCUCGCCUGCCUCAUGACCAUGACGCCCAUGAGCACCUUUGCCCAGAACAACGGCGUCAUUGCCCUGACGCGCUGCGCCAACCGCCGUGCCGGCUACGCCUGCUGCUUCUUCCUCGUCGUCAUGGGCGUGUUUGCCAAGCUGGCCGCCGCCAUCGUCUCCAUCCCCUCGUCAGUCAUUGGCGGCAUGACCACCUUCCUCUUCACCGCCGUCGCCGUCUCUGGCGUCGCCAUCAUCGCCCGCGGCGUCGUCUUUACGCGCCGCAACCGCUUCAUCCUCACCGCCGGCCUGUCGCUCGGCUACGGCGCCACGCUCGUGCCCACCUACUUUUCUCACAUCUUCACGUACAAGGGCGACAACAAGUCCCUCCAGGGAUUCUAUGAUGCCAUUGUUCUCAUCAUGCAGACCGGCUUUGCCAUCACCGCGGCCGUGUGCAUGAUUCUCAACCUGACACUCCCCGAGGAGCUGGAAGAAGACGUCGAUGCCGACGAGACGGAUCUUGAGCAACCUGUCAAUGGGCACCAAGUAAAGGCACCUGUGCACGAUAAUGUAGACGCGAGAUAG